AUGGGUGAUUUUGUACCCCGUUUUGAACAAAGAGAGGGAGAUGCUCGUAGCUUAGGACCCUCCAGACUUCCAACAACUGGUGCUAUACCUAUCAAAAAUGAGAAAGGACAAAUGGUUAUGCAAAAAGUUAAAGUUCAUAGAUAUGUUGCUGGAAAAACUCCCGAAUUCGCGCGGAAUGCAAGAUCAGAUUCAGAAGAUGAGGAAGAAAGACAAGAAAAACAUAAUGAACACAGAGAUCGUGAUCGUGAGAAAAGAAGAAAUGACGAUGACAGGCGUCGUCAUAGGCACAGAGAUGAUGAUCGACAUCAUCGAAGAGAAGAAAGAAGAAUUGAGGAACCCGAGGUGAUGGGUAAAGAACCUGAAGUCGAAGAAACAGAAGAAGACAUUGAAGAAAGAAGACAAAGAGCAAGGAUGCGGAGAUUAGAGCUUCAAGAAGAGCAAGAAGCUCUCAAAGUGGAAGAGGAAGAUGGAAGUGAUGAAGAAAGUUACGAGAGACGACGACAAAUGCUCAGAGAGAAGGCAAGGUUACGAGAAGAGGAAAUGAAGAAGGAAAUAAAAGAAGAAGUUGUCGAAGAAGAAGACGAGGAAGAUGAAGAUGAAGAAACAAGUGAGGAAGAAACUUCGAGUGACGAUGAAGAAGAUGACGCUUUACCUCGAUUAAAACCUGUAUUCGUUCGAAAAAAGGACAGGAUAACCUUGCAGGAGAUGGAAAAACAAAAAUUGUAUGAAGAAGAACGUAAAAAGGAAGAUGCGAAAAAGCUUGAGGAUAGAAAAAAGGAUUCUGUUCUGCUAGUUCAACAAGUCCUGAAAGACGAGGAGGAAACUGAAAAACGCAAAAAGGAAGAUAAUUUGAAGCUUGAGUCCGUAAACACGGAUGAUGAGAGUGAAAAUAUAGCUUAUGAAGCUUGGAAAAUUAGAGAAAUGAAAAGGAUCAAGCGGAACAGAGAAGAGCGAGAGGCGAUGGCUAAGGAGAAAGCAGAAUUAGAAAAAAUUCAUAAUAUGACUGAAGAGGAACGUCAGAAGUAUUUAGCGGCAAAUCCUAAGAUCAUCACUAAUCAGCAAGAGAAAGGAAAGUACAAGUUUUUACAAAAGUACUACCAUAGAGGAGCUUUCUUCUUGGACGAAGAUGAUGAGCUUUUCAAAAGAAACUAUGCGGAAGCCACAAAUGAUGAUGUCUUUGACAAAGCUGUAUUGCCUAAGGUCAUGCAGGUUAAAAACUUUGGAAAAGCUUCUCGUUCUAAAUAUACACAUUUAACCGCUGAAGACACCACCGAUCAUCAGGGUGUUUGGGCAUCAACCAAUGCUAUGAAUGUACAGUUCUUUAAUAAGAAAGCUGGUGGAGCCAAGGCUGGGUUCGACAGACCUGCAGCUAAAAAAAGAAAAAUUCUCUGA